AUGCCAACCAGCAGCCAUGUCGCCUCUGUCACCGCCUCCACAGCCGCAGCCACCAACACCACCACUGCCGCUGAUGGCACCAAUGCGAUCAAGGAAGUCGCCACUCCCACAUUCUCCACCACCUCAUCCGUUCACGGCGCCGAUUUCGCCGUCAAAAACUCUACCACCUAUGUUUUCCUGUCUGCUGGACUUGGAGUCGUGCAGACCAUCGACGCCACCACAACGGCCUUGCCCACGGCCGCGACACUCGGCCACCCCAACACUCCCAACGCCACCCAAUCCGUUGUCCGCACUGGCACACCCACCACCACUUCCACCACCACCGCCACCAGGAUGGUUGACCCUGAAGCGGGUGGAGACAGUAGCGACUGCAGAGGAGUACACGCCUCCGUCUCCGACGCCGUCCCCUACCCCAUCCCCGACUCCGUCUCAGCUCCUAAAUGCACUGAUUGCGUGGCCGUCGCCGUCGUCGCCGAAACCCUCAACCCCAUUGACACCACCGCCGGAACCCUUGUCGACGCUGACCCCUUCCCCACAACUUUCUCUUCCACAGUCUCAAAUGCCAGAGGUGUUGAAGGGGUUAAGUCCAUUGCCAUUAUCAACCCAACCGUCCUCAUCAUCAGAACUGUUGACAACGUCUACCUCGUCUCCACCAUUAUUCCCGUCACCCUCCGCGAUGCUGGUGCCGUUGAAGACCUUGACGGGACCGCCGCCGCCGCCGCCACCGCCGACGACGACGCCGACGCCGCCCUCAUCGCCGCCACCACCCCUAUUCAUUUCGCGUCUCUCGCCUGCCGAUGA